UUCACACCAUUCUUUCACCUGACUAAAGAAAACAUCAAGAUCUGAGUGAGUUCUUUUAAGGCAACCUCGGUCAAUCAACUAAUAUGGUUAACAAGCUGAAGUGGUUCUUUAGUGGUAAAAGGUUCCAAGAUAGUUCGUGGUCGUGGGUAGUGUGUAUCUCAGCGACUGUGUGUAAUGGAAUUAACCUUGGCUUUGCUUUCAGCUUUGGAGUUUUGUUCCCGGAGUUGAUGAGGCACUUUAAUGCCUCGAGAGAGAGGACAGCCUGGGUUGGUUCGAUUGGCUUGGCCAUGGUUUGGUUUCCAGGUUUGCUGGCUGGAUACCUGUGUGAUCAGUUUGGAUGUCGCAUCACGUGUUUUUUGGGAGGUAUGCUAUGCGUGGCAGGUUUGGCAGCGACUUCUCUCGCCAAUAGUCUCACUCUGAUGUACUUUACCUACGGCUUCGUGCACGGUUUGGGAGCGUGUUUCAUUUUUAUUUCUAACUUCCUAGCAGUUGGAAAGUAUUUCAACGAAAAACUCUCAUUAGCUGUCGGUAUAACGGCGCUGGGGUCCUCCGUGGGCGUCCUUUGCAAUGGCCCGUUGCUUCAGGUUCUUUUGGACGCGUUUGAAUGGAGAAACACCUUUAGAAUAAUGGCGGCAACCUUCGCUCUCAUUUGUAUUUUGGGUUUGAAUAUCAAUCCAAACGUAGUAGAAACAACAAUGGCGGCAGAGGGGAAAUCAGAAGCAUUGGAUACUGAGCAACAAGUAGGAAUUAAAGGCAGAAUCUCUUUUUACUGCAGCGUGUGGACGUUUCCUGUUUACACUUUUCGCGUCAUUUCUUUGACAAUGGGAUGUUUUGGAAUGUAUAUCCCUUACAUCAGUCUGGUCAAGUACUGUGAAGAUGUUGGGGUAACGGCGCAGAGUGCCUCUCGACUGUUCUCCUUCAUCGGCCUUUCCUCGUCGCUUGCACGGAUUCUGACAGGAAAACUGUUCAACAAUGCAAAAAUCAAUUCAGUAUUCGUUAAUCAGUUAUCCCUAUUUAUCGCCGGUGUGGCUGUUCUCUUAUUACCUUUGGCAACUAAAUAUUGGGCCUUAGUUAUUUUCAGCUGUGCUUAUGGAAUUAGCGAUGGAAUUUUUGUAACAACACAAUGUUACAUCUUGCUUAGCUGGGUGGAUAAAGAGAGAGCUACCGCUUCAUUUUGUAUCGAAAGCCUGCUUACUUCAUUUUCAGUGGCUACUGGUGGACCCAUUGCUGGUUUGAUGGCAGACAAAAACGGGGAUUAUACUAAUUCGUUUUACAUGACCGGCGGAGUUCUUAUGUUAGCGUUUAUCAUUCCUUUUGCAUUGAUUUUCAUCAACGGGAGAAAGUCUCAAGUCAGUCCACAAGUUUCAAGAGAAAAGGACGAUGUGGAAGCAACAAACACCGUUCCAAGUGCCAAAGUGAUAGCAAAGGACUUUCCUGUUAGCUGAUUUUACUGAAAAAUCAACACCAUACAAUAUAUUAUGGCAUUAAAGACGUAGAUAGACUUGUCUGGUAAAUCCUGAUGCAGCCAUCUCUUUUUUUCCAGUCAAGCCGAGGAAAAAAAACGGCUUUAACAAGCGAUCUCUAAGUAAAGCCGGAAUUUAGUUACACGCUUUUCAUUCGCCUCCACAGUUUAGAACCAGGUCUCAGAGGUUGAAUCAUUGCAACAUCAACGGGCAAAGAGCUCUUCCCACUUGUAAAUUUAUGUGAUGUCACUAGAAGCGUAAAAUUAAGCGUCGGUUAUUUAAACAAAGUUUAGCCUUUUGAUUAACAAACCCGCUUUCUAAACUAUCUUCAGCUUGGCUGAAUCUUUCAUCUUAACAUUUAUUUCGUGAUCCGUAGUGUCAAGAGGACCAAAAGCUAUCGGUGGAUGGUCAUUUAUUCAAUUCAAUCUACCUUCUUAUAUAGAAAUCCUGAGGCCCAUGCUUGCGUAAAACCGCGGUUUGGGUGAGACCUCGUUUAAAUAACCGGCCCUCAUUGUUUCUUAAAACCAAAUCACCCGCUCUCCCCUCUCUUCCCUCUCUUCCCUCGGUCAGGAGCCUGGGUACGAAGGAUGAGGUUCUCUGAAAAGGUUUGGUUUUCAUAUCGCAUUAAUGGAGUUCAGAAACUAUGGAAACUACAACUGCCAAUGUUGUGGGACCGUUUGAGUACUACAGAUCCUUUUGUGGGGAUCAUGCAAACUUAUAUGGUCCCUUUCUGCUUGAAAGUGCCAGUUUUGACAGACACACUUAGCCAACUGUUUUUUACUUGUUUUUGUUUUUGUUAAUUUUCUUUCAUGAUUUUGAAAAUAUGUUUGAUUUAUCUUUAAGGGAUCAGUCAUUAUCUA